GAAAGAACGAAAGCGCGGAGCGAGCUUCCGCAGCAGACAUUUUCGAAUCGGCGCCGCUAACUUUCCUGAUCCGCGAUACCGGCCGUCCGGUUCGUCAUCUCGUUUAGUCGUGCCCGAUCGUUCUUGCAUCUCGGCUGCUCUCUGCUCUUAUUCGUCUACGCGAACCACCACUUUUCGUCGUUUGCCCGCGCGGAAAAAGAAAAGCGAAAGAAAGCAAUCGUGUCUUUCAGCCCAAAGGCACAGUGGCGUAGCAGGCGUCAUGACUCACGAGCGAAUUCAGUGAGGGCGUGAAAUCGUAGAGAAGACUGGCGAAGAACGAGAGUCGAAACGCGCUGCGAUCAUUUUCUUUUCACGGUUCGCACGUUCGGCGAAAUUUACGAUCGAUCAGGACGGUUGGAAUUCAUCGUUAAUUCGCAUCGCGUUUUCUCUGUGGUGAAAAUUCACGCGAGCGAGAAUUCGUGAUUUGGCCGUGGAGGAUUCAACGAAGAGGAAGAGAAUCGAGAGAGCAUCGAUCAUUUCAAGCUUCGUCAUGUUGCUCCUGACCGUGACAGCGUGUCUGGUGAUCACGGUGCAGGCCGGAUGCCCUAUGAGACCGACCGCGGAACAAACUUCCGCAUCGAGGACCACGGGUGACGGUGGUUACAGGAUACUCGUUAGCGGGAAGGCCGACAAAUAUAUUCCCAACGCUGUUUACACGAUCAGUUUGCAAGGCUCGCAAACGCACGAGAGAUUGCAACAAUUCACGCAUUUCACUCUCUCCGUCAAUUCGCAACACGCGCCUAAUAAUCCUACGGCUCGAGUAGGAUACUUCCAACUGUUCCCCGAUGGUUUGACCACGUUCAACGAAGAUUGUGUCAAUACCAUCUCCGAAGCUUCAGAUUAUCCGAAGAACGAGGUCCAAGUGAUGUGGAGGGCACCGCCGUCAGGAUCGGGAUGCGUUAUCUUCACAGCCAUGGUCUUGGAGAAUAACGUGCGCUGGUACGCCGAGGAUGGAGCUUUGACCAAGACCUUCUGCGAGAUGGACUCAGCCGAGGUCGAGGCCUUGGACGGGGAGAAGUGUUGCGCCUGCGACGAGGCCAAGUAUUCGUUGAUAAUGGAGGGAAUCUGGUCGAACGUGACCCAUCCAAAGGACUUCCCGUUCUCCGUUUGGCUGACCCACUUCAGCGACUUGAUCGGUGCCUCGCAUGUGCCGAGCUUCUCCUUCUGGGGUAAGGAGCACAUAGCCACGGACGGCUUCCGCCAGUUGGCCGAGUGGGGCUCCGCGUCCGGCGUAGAGACCGAGCUCAGAGCUAAUUCUAACAAAUUAAGAACCCUCAUCAAAGCUGCUGGGCUGUGGUACCCGAACGUAAACAGCAAUACGACCACUAACUUCAGAGUGGACAGAAAACGUCCAAUGAUCUCCGUGGCUUCCAUGUUCGGACCGUCUCCGGACUGGGUGGUCGGCGUGAGCAAACUGAAUCUAUGCAGAAAAGAUUGCAGCUGGACGAAAAGCGAGAUAAUCGACCUGUACCCCUGGGACGCUGGCACCGACAAUGGAAUCUCGUACAUGUCGCCCAAUUCCGAGACGACGCCGCGCGAGAAGAUGAAACCGAUCACCACAUUGUACCCCGAAGACCCUAGAUCCCCUUUCUACGACCCCAGCGGAAGACCGAUGCUGCCGCUCGCCAGGCUGUACUUGACCAGGGAGAAGAUCAUUCCACGGGGCUGCGACGAGGAGGUUCUUCAGCAGCAGGUCGCUCAGCUCGAGAUAGCCGAGAACACCGAGGACACUGUCAGGCCCGAGUGUCAGACCACGGAGUACACGGCAUGGUCGAGCUGCUCGGUGAGCUGUGGCAAAGGAUUGAGAAUGCGUACCAGAUCGUAUUUGAUGCCCGAGAAGGCAGCCAUGUUCAAGUGCAACAGACAAUUGGUCUCCAAGGAGAUGUGCGUCUCCUCGAUCCCGGAAUGCUCAGGCGAGGAGGACACGGACGAUGGUGUUGGCUCGUUGAUCGGUGGCAAUAACGAUGCUUUCUGCGAAACAACCGAUUGGGGCCACUGGUCGGAGUGUUCCUCCACGUGUGGGGUGGGGAUGAAGCUGAGAACAAGGCGGUUCAAGGAUAGAAUGGGUCGUAAACGGUGUCCUCACGUAUCCCUGGUUGAGAAGGUGAAAUGCAUGGAGCCGCCUUGCUCGUCCGGUCUAGAGGAACAGAUCGAUCCUACUUGCAAGGUGACCGAUUGGUCGGAUUGGUCCCCGUGCAGCGCCUCGUGCGGAAAAGGUGUGAAAUUAAGAACCCGAUUGUUGAUGGUCGACCCGUCGAAACAGCAAGAGUGCUCCUCGAAGAUGGAACUGGUCCAACAACGGCCGUGCUUGGACCAGGCUGACUGCACCUUCGACAUGGCGACUGCGAAAGUGGUUUGCAUGGAGGAACCGAACGCUGGACCCUGCAGGGGAUAUUUCCAGAGAUGGGCGUUCGUUCCUCAAAAGUUGAUGUGCGUGCCGUUCGUGUACGGCGGUUGUCGUGGCAACAGGAACAACUUCUUAACGGCCGAGGAGUGCGACAAUACUUGUGGCAUUGUGCGAGCGAUUCUCAGCGGACAACCCUUCAACACAACCGACGCUCAACUCGCCCCAAUAUCGCCGGCUCUCCCACCUGUCCAUUGUGUCGUGAGUGGUUGGUCACCUUGGACACCUUGCAGCGUUUCUUGCGGGACAGGCCGUGUGACCAGUUUUCGCACGAUUCAGCAAGAGGCACGAAACGGAGGGAAUCCUUGUCCCAAGAAGCUUCAGCGUCGAUCCAGGUGUCAGCUGGCGCCAUGCGAAUAAUAAUUUUGAGAGAAAAAAAAUUCUUUUUCUUUUUUUUUUUUUUUUUAAUACGUUUAAAACGACGAA